AUGGACUUUGCCGGGCCUGCCGAUGAACAGUUGCAGAACGUACAAGAAGAAAAUAUCCCAACAAUGGCUCGAGUUGGUACGCGGAUUAUCCUCGCACCGUCAUUCACCGGAAGCGAAAGAUAUAUGCGCGCUCAAUAUCAGGACUCGAUGGCCAUCGUUCGGGCAGUAGGCAAGCCGGAUCUCUUUAUCACUGUUACGUGCAAUCCGAAGUGGCCGGAAAUUACACAGAAUCUGCUACCUAGACAACAGCCUUCCGAUCGACCUGAUCUCACAGCUCGCGUUUUUCGGUUGAAAUUAAAGGCUAUUUUAGAGGACCUUUCAGCGGGUGUGCUAGGUAUGGAGAUCGCACGGAUACACGUUAUCGAAUUCCAAAAACGUGGACUUCCUCAUGCACACUGUCUGGUGAUUUUGAGUGAUGCUGACAAACCACGAUCGGCAGCCGACUACGACCGACUGGUGUCUGCCGAAAUACCAGACUCAGCAAACGAGGAGCUUCAUGACACGGUGCGAAAGUGUAUGAUGCACGGACCAUGCGGUCGGUCCAACCCGCAAGCACCUUGCAUGAAGGACGGCGUAUGCUCGAAACGAUUUCCGAAGCAUUAUAUCAGCCAAACACGUCAGGCAGAGGACGGUUAUCCGUUGUACCGUCGCCGGAACGAUGGGCGCAAUGUCAUCGUUAAGGGCGUUCCAUUAGACAACCGUUAUGUGGUGCCGUACAACCCGUGGCUUUGUCACAAGUACGACUGCCACAUCAACGUGGAAGUCUGCUCGAGUGUGGCCAGUGUGAAAUAUUUAUACAAAUAUGUUUACAAGGGCCACGAUCGGGUUGCCGUUUCAUCUGCUGCACAAUCCUUGGACGAGAUUCAACAAUACCUUGACGCACGAUAUAUUUCCGCGUCUCAGGCCAUGUGGAGUAUCUUCGGCUUUGAGAUUCAGGCAAAAACGGUGACUGUUGUUCAGCUGCCGAUACAUUUGGAACACCAGCAAAGCGUAAUGUAUAGGGCGAACGAUAGCGUUGAUUCCGUACUUGAACGAGGACACCACACAAUGCUCACACGGUUUUUUCAACUGGCGGCAAACGAUCCCAUCGCUCGAAGGCUAACGUACCAGGACAUUCCAGCGCAUUAUCGAUACGCUAAACCGACGCGAAGAUUACCAUGGCACGAAGGUACAGGUAAUCAGUGGAUCCCACGUGUUCGUCAGACUGACAUUGUGGUAGGGCGCAUGGUUUACUGUCCCAUAUCGCACAUGGAACGCUACUGUCUGCGUCUUAUGCUGUGCUACCGCAAAGGACCUACGUCCUUUGAGGACCUGCGGACAGUUGACGGUAUUGUGUGUGCCUCCUACCAACAGGCAGCCACCAUGUCCGGACUACUGCAGGACGAUCUUGAAUGGGACCGUGCCCUAGAUGAAGCUGUUUCGUUUCAUAUGCCUCGACAGCUGCGCCAACUUUUCGCCCUCAUCCUUUCGGAAGGACUGCCACAGAAUCCUCGCCGCCUUUGGGACGCAUACGUUAACCAUCUAUGCGAAGAUUUCCAUCGACAAAAUCAGGAACGAUACACGGUUGAAGACUCGGAACAAAAUCGGUUGUUGCGUGAGGUUGAACAACUUCAAACAUUGCGCAUGAUAGAUAAUUACCUUCGUGGAACAACCCCAACGAAAUCACUGGCGUCUUUCCCCGAUAUGCCACAACUUGCUGAAUUCUCCCAUCUCCCGACUGAUCUACUCCAGCCCGACCAAACGGCGAAUACCAACCAGCUAAUCGAUACCGAACGUUCGUAUAGCAUCAACACCCUGGACGAAACACUUGCUUCGUUACACCUGCUGAAUGCUGAUCAGCGUAUGGUGUAUGAUACCAUCACAACAGCGGUGGACCGUAUGGACCAACAGCACGAAGAGAAUAACCUGUUCUUUUUGGAUGGACCAGGCGGCACCGGAAAAUCUUUCGUUCUGGAGAUGAUACUGGCUUAUACGCGUCGCCAUUCCAAGAUAGCUCUCGCUACAGCAUCAAGUGGAAUAGCCGCGUUGCUCCUGAGUGGUGGGAAAACAGUGCAUUCUACCUUUAAGCUGCCACUGGUGCUAGACGAAAACACAAUGUGCACAAUACCCGUCCAGUCAUCAAUUGCAAACCUGAUGCGGCAGGCGUCGUUGAUCGUCUGGGACGAAGCCUCAAUGAGCAGCCGCUAUGCUCUCGAAGCCGUCGAUCGUACUCUGCAGGACAUAGUAGGUGUACGUCGGCCAUUUGGUGGUAAAGUUGUAUUACUCUGUGGUGACUUUCGUCAGAUACUCCCCAUCGUACCGAAAGGCACAGAUGCUCAAGUAAUACAACAAUGUAUAAAAAAGAGUGUACUAUGGCAGCAGUUCCGGGUACUGCGAUUAAGCACAAAUAUGCGAGUCCAAACGGCACCGAACGUGCAGCAUGCAAGUAUGCUAAAGGAAUUUGCCGAUUUCUUACUACGCAUUGGGGAAGGCCGCCAUGCAACGUUCCCAGGAAUGGACGCGUCAAUCGCAAAACUCCCUCGCGACAUGAUACUGCCCCGUACGGCCAACCUGGAGACCGAUGUACGAACACUAAUUAGCCGCAUUUAUCCGGACAUUCGACUCCAUCAUCAUCAUCCGCUGUAUUUUACUGAUCGGGCCAUUCUUUCACCGAGGAACGUCGAUGUGACAGCGAUCAACAACAGCGUGUUAGAACAGCUCCCUGGACAGGAACAAGAGUAUUUAUCAAUUGAUACCUUGGUCAACCCAGAGGAACACAAUGCGCUACAGCUGCCGACCGAAUUUCUUCACUCGCUCAACAUGAGCGGGAUUCCGGUCCAUCGAUUACGGUUGAAGCAGUAUACACCGGUACUACUUCUGCGUAAUCUGAACACCGAACGUGGACUAUGUAACGGGACACGGCUACAGGUCAUCACACUCAAGCCACAUUGCAUACAUGCACGUAUUCUGACGGGCAAGCGUCGGGGAGACGACGUGCUGUUACCUCGCAUUUUCUGUGACAGCAACGACGCAAACCUACCAUUUCAGAUUCGUCGAAAACAGUUCCCGAUUCAGGUGUGUUUUGCGAUGACCAUAAACAAGGCUCAAGGUCAAUCCCUGCACCACCUUGGCCUAUAUUUACCUACAGAGGUGUUCGCGCAUGGGCAGCUAUACGUUGCACUGUCGAGAGUAACCUCGCGAUCGAAUGUAGUAGUGCUGAAUGUGGAUCCUGAACGAGAGGAUCAUGAUGGUGUCGGUGUGAAGAAUGUCGUUUUCCGUGAAGUGAUUGGAGAAUGA